CAUGGCCAGGGGCAAGUCACCCGGCGCCCCGCCUCUCCUUCCCGCGGCCUCUGAAGGCCACUGCACCUCCGCAUCCCCAGAGCCGCGGGAGGCCCUCGGGCUCCGUCCCGGACUGGGUCCGCUGGCCCCGGAGCCACACACGGAUCUGUCACUCACGAACAGGCCGGGCUCUGGCCAUGGGGCAUUGUCGCCUCUGCCACGGGAAGUUCUCCUCACGGAGUCUCCGAAGCAUCUCUGACAGGGCACCUGGGGAGAGCUCUGAGAGACCGUCCCCAGGGGAGCGUGUCUUCAUCAGGGACUUCCAGCGACUGCUGGGUGUGGCUGUGCACCAGGACCCAGCCUUGUCUCAGUUUAUCUGCAAGAACUGCCACACCCAGUUCUACCAGUGCCACAGCCUCCUCAGGUCCUUUCUGCAGAGAGUCAACGUCACCCCGACAGGCCAUCGGAAACCUUGUGCAAAGGUUGGUGCUCAGCCCCCCACAGUGGCAGAGGAAGGAGCUCGUCUGGUGGAUCUGAUCACCUCGAGCCCCCGGUGCCUGCACGGCUUGGUGGGGUGGGUGCACGGACAUGCGGCCAGCUGCAGGGCCCUGCCCAGCCUUCAGAGGACACUGUCCUCCGAGUACUGCGGCAUCAUCCAGGCUGUGUGGUGCUGCGAUCAGGGCCACGACUACACCAUGGACACCGACUCCCGCUGCAGAACCUUCUUGCUGGACAGUGCACUGGCAGUCAAGUGGGCCUGGGACCAGGAGACGGCCCCAGGGCUCACCCAGAACCAGGCAUCCAGCCCCCCUGGGGUGGCCCUUCAGCUCUCGCAGGGCAGAGGGACCACAGUUGGGGCUGAAACCAAGAUGCCACCCAGCAUGGAUACAUCCUCACCUCCCUCAGAUGGCAGCCCUGUGGGGCCUGGGCCAGGCCCCCCACCACAGCCCAGCUUUCCCCCCUGCGAGGCCCCAGGGCAAUUGGGUGAGAAGCAGGUUCCGUCUUCAGCCUCGGAUGAUCGGGUAAAAGACGAGUUCAGUGACCUUUCUGAGGGAGACUUCCUGAGUGAGGAUGAAAAUGACAAGCAGCAGAGUACACAGUCCUCCGACGAGUCCUUUGAGCCUUACCCAGAGAAGAAGGUCUCUGGUAAGAAGAAUGAAAGCAAAGAGGCCAGGAAGGCUGAAGAACCAAAACCCCGAAAGAAGCCGGGACCCAAGCCUGGGUGGAAACAGCAGCUCCGCUGUGAGAGGGAGGAGCUGCCCACCAUCUACAAGUGUCCUUACCAGGGCUGUACAGCCGUGUAUCGCGGGGCUGAUGGGAUGAAGAAGCACAUCAAGGAGCAUCACGAGGAGGUCCGAGAGAGGCCCUGCCCCCACCCCGGCUGCAACAAGGUGUUCAUGAUCGACCGCUAUCUGCAGCGCCACGUGAAGCUCAUUCACACGGAGGUACGCAACUACAUCUGUGAUGAAUGCGGACAGACCUUCAAGCAGAGGAAGCACCUUCUUGUCCACCAGAUGCGCCAUUCAGGAGCCAAGCCUUUGCAGUGUGAAGUCUGUGGGUUCCAGUGCAGGCAGCGGGCAUCCCUCAAGUACCACAUGACCAAACACAAGGCGGAGACAGAGCUGGACUUUGCCUGUGACCAGUGCGGCCGGCGGUUUGAGAAGGCCCACAACCUCAAUGUGCAUAUGUCUAUGGUGCACCCUCUGACACAGACCCAGGACAAAGCCCUACCCCUGGAGGCGGAGCCACCACCUGGGUCCCCAAGCCCCUCUGGGGCCAUGGAAGGCCAGGCUGUGAAGCCAGAGCCUACCUGAGGUUGGCAGGUGGGACAGUGGCACUUAGAGCAGCUGGAACUCUGCAGGUGUGAGGUGGGGUCUAAAGACGUUUCCACGUUCUCUAACUGGGGCACAGCUUUGCGUGCUUCUGGGAGUCCACGCUGCAUCCCUGCCCCACGUGUAGAAUCACGUGUCAGGCAGGCUGGAGGGCGCCUCUCUCCCUGGCUGGUCAAGGGAGCUUGAGAAGCGUGUAGCCUUUCUGUCACUCUGGGACCAGCAGCUUAUUUUCCAAGUACUGAGCUACUUGAGGCCAGACAGAUGAUGAGUAACUGAUUCCUUUUCCUAACUUCUGCAGCCAAGGAGAUUUGUAACCCAUUUUCUAGUGCAACAAGAGCUUCAUGUUAUGCUUGCAAUAAAUUAUUUACAAAGGA